AUGUCCCCUCGGACGAUUGCCGGGCUAUCUGCCACGAGACACAUUCUAUCCUCUGCCAGCAUCAAGCGCUUCCCUCCUACCCACACAAGAUCCCCUACUCUUUUGCAAAAUAGGAACAAACCUCCAACCCACGGCCCCAAUGGGAAGCACCUAACUCUUUCUACCCUUAUGGUUGCCUUGCCUUCUUCAACCGAGACCAAGCCACCCACUCAAAUCCAUCAUGCCAUUGUAGGGAUGAGGCCCCAUCGUACCAAAGCUCCGAGCCGUAUACGUACAUUUGCGCCAGGCGUCCUCGGCCGGAGUGUACGUUUCAGCGUUAGUCUCGACGUCCGCCAUAAUGCCCGCGAUACCGAAGCCGUCAACAGACUUCAAGUUACUAUUGCUAGCCGCCGGCCUAAGCAUUACAUGCUCCGGCCACACGGCGAACGCACUUUCAUGGUAGUCAAGGCCCGGAUCAUCCCUAACGGCCCGCGCCGUAGAAAGCGGUUAGUUGUGGGUUGCGAUGGGAUUCUCUUCGCGUUACGCAAACACCAUCUAGGCCGUGGCCGACCAAAAGCAACAAGAAGUCAUCGCCCUAAGCAUAGAGCCCCUUCGAGUACAGGAAAACGUUCGCGUUGGUGGUAUAAGUUGGUGAAAAUUUGCAUCAUUUUUAUUGACAUUCUGUUUUGGUAG